AUGAGCCCUGGCGUUGAAGUUGACCAGAACAUGAUACUACUAACGACAACGACAAACUCGCAAAAUGACCUUGAACGAUUGUGCAGGCUGGAUGUACUCGGUUUAGAAGCCACGCCGGAGAAGAACCCUCUUCUCGUCUACGACCAAUUUAGAGAAGACCUGCCUCGCGAUGACGAGGGCUGGUACGAGACCGGUCUGCCUUGGAAGACAUACCACCCGGAACUUCCAUCAUAUGAGCGAGGAAGUCUGCGACGACUGAAUAGUUUGAUGAAACGUUUAGAGCGCAGUGGAAUGUGCGAAGAAUACAACGCAAUCAUUAAGGAACAGCUGCAAAAGGGCGUAGUAGAAAUAGCACCUACAAAGGCCUCCAAAAGAGAAUUCUACAUCCCUCACAAACCAGUUGUGAAGAAAGCUGCUGAGCCCACCAAGCUACGGAUAGUUUACGAUGCUUCAGCUAAAGAGUCCGCCACCCAACCAUCGUUAAACGAUUGUUCAACGCUGGACCUCCGCUACAAAAUCAUUUAUGGGAUGUGCUGA